UACAAAUACAAAUUAACUACAAACACAUGAUGCAGAUGAUUGUUAUUAAUUUUUGACACCAAAAUGGCGCACCACACUGUUCCCUCCCACCCUCGUUUUCUCGGAUUCUUGAAUCCCAGCUUUCUUGGCUGACAAACACAAACUAGCCCCCCUAAAAAUUCCAUGUCAACGGAGCCAUGCAUCGCGAAAACUACAGCCCGCUUUGUCACGCUAGCACAACAAGUGCCAAUGGAUAUUCUACAACGACCCAAGUGAAGACGAAGAAGAAGAAAAAGAAAGCUACAAAUUUCUUCCUAUGUUUUCGAUCGUUUGAUGUGGUCGGUUCAGAACCUGGACGACCUUCUAGGAAUGUUUUCACAUAUGUGGCUGUGGGCGAGAGGGAAGGUGGGGUGUUUCCCAAGGUGGUGCCAGUGUCGUCGCUGGCAACAUCAGAUAAUGAAGGAGACGAUGAAAAAUGUCGUAGUACUCAAAAUGAAAAGAAAACACGAUGUGGAUUUUAUCAAGUUUUAAAGGCAGUUUUGUUCAAAACAAAAUUGGUCAAUAAGAUUAAAGAAAGAAAAUCUGAAAAGAAUUUUGCAAACACAACACAUGAGAGUUCAAUUACCUCAACUCCUAAUCGACAUCGGUCGGAGGAUGUGCCGAAAGUGAUCUCCAAGAAAAAUUCAUACGUUGGCGUGGAAGAAAAGCGAGGUGUGGUGCUCCCGAAGGUGUCACCAAUGGCUUCACCAUUGCUAGGUAAUGAAGAAAAUGAGGAGAAACGUGACAGUCAAUAUUGGAGAAGCAAAGGCCGACGUAAAUUAUCUCGUGUUUUGAAGGCGAUUUUGUUCGAGACAUCUUUGGCCAAUAAGAUUCAAAAAAGAAAGAAGGGAAAUAAACUUGGAAGAAAUGAGAGUUCAAAGUACAACUCCGAGGAAGAUGACCCAAGAGCGAUGUCUGACACUGCUUCUUCUUUAACUAACUGUUCUGUCUUCAUUUCAUCUUCUGUAAACUCUUCAUCAAGUUCGUUAUCGCAAACAUCCAAUUCAAGCAUCAGGUCUUUGUCCAAGAGGAUCAAAUCUCUUCGAUCAAGCUCAUCGCGUAAUUUUAAAGCCAAUUUGAAGUACUUGUCCGGCAAAUUUCGACCAACUUCGACUAGUAACAGUUCAAGAUCUAAUUAUGCUAAAAACAAGUCGUUUGAAGCAAAUACAAAUGCUUCAAAAGAAGGGCAAGGACAACAAGACCUAGAUGUAACCAGGAUUGAGAAGAACAAGUAUAAAAAAGGAUGUUACAGAUCCAUCGCGAGUUUGGGUUUCCUGCUCAUGGGUUUGUUGGGUUUGAUAUUUUACGGUAAAAUUUGUGCCAUUUUAUGCACCUGGUGUCGCUCUUUAGUAUGCCUCUUUGGUGUACCAGUGUUGGACAGCACCAUGGUUCAACAAACAAGAUUGACAAGAAGAAAUUCAUCAUUGGAGGAUUACUACCAAGAGACUCGAACAAUUCACUGCAAAUGACAAAUUAAAGUUGAUUGGUUCAUUUAAUCAUCACACUAAUUUGGUUCUAAUUUAUAUUUUGGUGCUAUUUUUAUUUUUAAUUUGUUUUUAUAAGAAGAUCAUAUUAGAGAUAAACUAAUCUCUAGCUUGUAUAAAUUUAUUUUGUUUCAAUUGUUCUCCAAAAACUUGUAUCAAAUCGAAUUCAA